AUAUUUGAAGAUGGUGGUAUGGCAAGCGUUGCUUGUCCCUUUCCCCUUCUCCCCUUUUCUGUUCCGGCAUGCAAUGAAUGGAUGGACCUGGAACGCACUUAAGCAACCUCUCGCUCCCUAGUAGGUGUUAAUUGCUUGUGUGCACAACACAUCCUGAACAGAUUUUAGGAUCGAAACCAUACCCAAAUCCAUCUGUUGUCAAUAAGCUAUCAUACUGGUCAUUAUAACGUUCUUCUACUCCUGAAUUAUCGAAGUACUUUCAAAGUAUACUGCUCUUCUGAUGCAAACUCAGUCGUCUGCUGCAUCCGCCACCUCCUCUCAGUGUCUGUUGCCCGCAGAUUUUACCUUCAGCACUAUCGGGAAGCCUCCGUCUUUGCUCAGAAGACUUACCGACCAACCGGUCGACGUCGGACGGUCUCCUUCUCCACUAUCUCAGAAACCAGUUAAGGACAAACCGAGUCCUGCCAUUUCAUCCUCUGGGAAUUCCCCCGCCCUCUCUUCUUUAAGUGAGAGGCUUGGCAAUCAAUCUAAUAAGGUAGAGUCGCUUCCCUUGGCAGGGGUGAGUGUCAACACCGAACGUGCAACGUUUGGAGUGCCAGGUCGUGCAGCCGCUUUGGUACCCAAUUUAUCCUCUGGUUCAGCCAGGCGAAGUCUUCCUAUUUCUACCCUUGCUGCUUCCACACCGCUUGCACCACAGAGCGACUCUAUUCAUUCAGGACAGUCUCUGCCAUCUGUGCAGCAACCCAGUUAUCCUUCAACUUACAUGCCGUCGCAGCUCGCUCCUGAUGCCGGCGUAACACAGCCUUUUGCUGCUCAGUCCGCUGAUACAAUGGAAAUCGAUGCUUCAGCAAUGGCUCCAGUAGCUCGAGUUCCAUCUCCGUCUCACUCAUCUAACAUUGUGCCGCAUGUAACUGCCGACGACCUAUAUGCGAAACUAGCAAGCCUGGCAAAUGAGCGCACCGCAUGGGAUGACAUUAGACAUCACUUUCAACGUUGUCGCGAUGAACGCGAGGAGCUUCUGCGAAGGCACGAUGAGACCGUGCGGGCAGCACAGAGGGAAAAGGAGCAAGCUGACCGGGUGCUUGAUGCGGCAGAAGCUGCUUUCAAGUUGGUUGAGAGUCUUCGUGACAAACAGGAACAGCGUUGGGAACAGGAGAAAUUACUCGCUGAGCGUGCUUAUGCGGAGACUCUGAGGCAACAGCAGCAAGAUACUGCGAAGGUGAAAAUACGCCCAUCCACACAAACCAUAGAGGUUCCCUCUGCACCCAGCGUUAGCCAGCGUCCCUCGUCCCAGGUUCAAUCACCCCCUCCAGCUUCCACCGCUACAGGUAGUGCUCCUGCCAAUCCCACCGCGACAGGGUCGACGCACAGUUAUUCUUCCCCAUCUACGGCACCAAGUACGACCACGGUUGCGGUGAGGCAAAUGAGCCCCACGGGGCUCAAGGCCGACAUCCCUGCCAAACCUGUGAUUGCAGAGGUGAAGUCGCAUGGAAGUAUUCCUACACAGGAAACUCCUGAACAGCCGCAGAAACGUGAAGAGCUCGAGCGGUUGCAGGCGGAGAAGAAAGCACAAAUACAAGCUAGGAAGCGAAAGGAGCAGGCUGAGGAAGGGGCUCGUAUUCGUGCUCUCCGAGCGACCGGCGGAUCAACAACUAUGGAAUCGAAAGAAGACGGCAAGAAUGCUACGCCAGCCAAAUCGAAGUCUGCUACUCCGCUUCCGUCUGUUAUUCCUUCCCAAGCCCCUCAUGGCGCUCUUUCUCUCAAUGUCCAGCGUUUAGGCGCGGUUACACAAUCUAUCGCCCCCACUGCGGUCGUAUCGAAUUCCGUACAAAUUGCAUCUCCGAUCGUACAAAGUCCUACCGUUAUGACUUCUUCAUCAACUGCCUCCGUUACUUCUGCAUCUGCAAGUAGCCAUGAUGGUACUCGCAUGAAGAUGAAGAAAUUAUUACCUAUUUCCACUUCUGUUACUUCUGCAAGCACUUCUCAGCCGCAGUCUCCUGUUGAGCCCAAGACACCCGCGACCAAUGCUCCUACCAGCAAGGUUACAAUGGCCGCCAAAGCCGCAGCGGCGAAUUUGCCGCCAAAGCCUCCACCACUAGGGCCUCCUCUGAAGAAGGCCUCAACGUCACCUUCGGAUUCCAGAUCGUCCGCCCAGAUAGCUAUGCCCAUUCCACGUCCUCAGGCAACUACGAAACCGGACUCGGCGACCGCAAGUCCCAAUGUUCGAGUCAAACAAGAGCCACUGCCUGACGUUCUUCUCUCUUGUCCGAAGACUACGCAAGGAAAACAACCAGCACAGACUCUUUCUACGGCUCCUGAGCUCAAGGUCGCUCCAUCAACCUCGUCUAUUUCAUAUAUUUCCAACCAGACUACACAAAUACCACCCCAAAACGCUCAGCAGAACAAACGCGCUACUCAACCUGCGUCGGACUUCAAUGUUCGUGACCGUGACCGUUCAGGUCGAGACUCGGGUCCUUCAUCCGUCGCUGAAGCUUCCACUUCCAUAUCAUCCAAUUCCGCCGCACCUUCAGGGCCGAAAACUAUCACAAUUUCUGGCGCUAUGAAGGUAGAAGCAUCUUCGUCUGGGACAAAGCAGCUGCAGCAGAAACGACAGAAACAGCCACAACAACAACGGAAGCAAAUCCAUCAGCCCGCUUCCAAUCUGCCUCGUUCUACUGCAAUAAAGGCUAAUGAUGACAACGCAGAACCAACUCGCCAUCCACCGCCUCCGAGUAUGCACGCUGCUAUCGAACUUGACCCCUGGAUGAACGAUCCGAGGUUUGAGGGCGGCGGCCGAAGAGAGCCCUGGAGAUCACCCGAGCGGAGUCCAAGUCCGCCACGACGGUCUCCUGCCCAUGAUCACUAUUCUCUGGGUUCUGCAUCAGGACCUGCUACGCGAUCUCGAGCACCUCGCCGAGGCCGUGCCGAUCACUACUCCCCGCCAGCCUCUCCUGACCAACGAUCGCUCGAAUAUUCCCCUAACGCAGAGGCUAACCGCAAGAGGCCUCGUGAUAGUGACCUUGACUGGUCUACGAGCGAACAGCCGCCUCGUCGGGCGAGAGUUUCAGGUCCUACCGCUAAGAGCCCUGAUUGGGGCGCCCCUUCGCAGUAUAGGCAGUCGUUGGCGGAUUCUCGUGACUUGGCUCGUACGCCUCCUAUGCCGCCUGUGGAAGAUUAUCCUAGAGGUCCCGCAGGUUACGGCUUUGAUCCUGCCCCUGCACCCAGUUAUAUGUGGUCAGCGGGCCGUAGUGAUAACGUAGGGCAAUAUCCUGCUGAGUCGCAGCAUCCUUAUCAUCAGUAUGCCGAUGCAGGUCCUGACGGUCGUGACUAUCCAAGAUAUGGAUAUGACACUUAUGCGAAAAUGGCCCCUAGUGCCGAUUACGUUCCUCAGAGUAUUGAUGGAACCUAUACUACCUCCGAUCAUUGGAAAACCACCUCGGGACCAUCUCAGGUUACUCAAGACCGACAACCUUCUGGUCGCAACCGUGGCGGGGAGUCAUCUAGAUCACAGCAGCAGGGUGGCGAAUCCAAACAACGUCAACAAGAGCCAAAUCUGUUGUUCCGUAUGAGCGAACCUCAGCCUGGUGCGGGGAAUGCACAGUUAGUUUCCAGAUCAAGCAGGAACGAGGGGUCUGCAAAGAGUGGAGGACGCGGCAGUCGUGGCAGAGGUUCUGCUCCUCGACGUGGCGGUUCGCGGACAACGUCCAAGCCCAACGCCCAGCAGAACAGUGGUGGCUCUAAUAAGUCACUGUCGGCACGUCUGAAUAGCGGAACCUCUUUAGAAGCCAGACUGUCGGGGUGAUUGUAAACGUUCACACAUACAUGGUACGGGAAUGGCUUCCUUGCGUUUUGGUCUGCGCAUACACAUUCCUUAUUGAUCACUCAUGCAUAUGGCAUACUUUCCUUCAGCGUCUUCACGGAUACUUGAAGUGCAAUAGAUGUAAUCCCUAAUCCUACGUACUGUACAUAACCUCCAAGUGUCAGAUAAGUCUUCAACUUGCACCACAGAUAGACAAUUCGCGCAUCUCUUGCAGCACACCUUCCACUUGAGCAUCCAGUUGACCAGCUGCAUAGUCAUCGCGAACGUUGUCUGCGAAAUACCUG